AUGGCGACGACACAUGCUACUGCCUUUCAGUACCUCAUGAAGGAUGUGACAAGCUGGAAUAUUCCUUCAGGCCCCCUCCCCAGUGAACUAUUUCUUACUGGAGAAGCUGCCUUCCCAGUGAUGGUGAAUUUUGAAGGUCGUGUGGUCAUUGCUGCCUCCUCUUAUGGCAAGGGCCGCAUCGUGGUCAUGGCCCAUGAAGGAUACCUGAUACAUGCACCUUUGGCUCAAUUUCUUGUCAAUGCUGUGCGCUGGCUCUGCCUUUCCCCUGGGGCCACCAUUGGAGUGAGCCCCUCCCAGGCACCACUUGCAAAAAUCCUGCAAAACUCUGGGGUUAAGGCACAGAUCCAGUCAGAACCUACAGAGUCCCUGGGGGUUUACUGCCUUGAAGCCUACAAUACCAGCAUGAACAAGAAGAUACUCUCGUUUAUGAAACGUGGAGGAGGAGUGCUCAUUGGAGGCCAUAGCUGGGCCUGGGCAGAGAAAAACGGCAAUGAUAAAGUGCUCUUUGAGUACCCUGGGAACCAACUGACAGGUGUGGCUGGAGUAUACAUCACUGAAGCUGGUGUGUAUGAUGGGCCUUGGAUGGUCUCUGAGACAGUGCCCGCCAUCCCACUCGGUGUCAUGUAUCAGAACAACGUCAGAAACGACCAAGAGCAGCUCCUACAGGGGAUCACCGAGCUGGAUAUCAGUAGAGGAGCAAAACCCUCAAAACUGUUUGUGCACGGGCCCCUGGCCUUUCCCCUGGGGUUAGACAGCUCGUUCAAUUGCUUCCUAGCAGCUGCCCGCUAUGGCAAUGGUCGUGUGGUGCUGUGUGGCCAUGAGAGUAUGCUAUUUGAGGACAGGAUGAGCAACUUUGUAAUCAAUGCUAUACGUUGGCUGAAAGGGCAGCAGAAAGGGAAGAUUGGGGUGAGUCCACAACUGAAUCGUCUGGGCCCCUUAUUAACAAAAAACAACUUGGAGUGGAGCAGCACAGACCUUCUGAGCAGCGACUUGAGUGUCUACUGCUGUUCCUUACUCAACAACACGGAUCUCAAGAAGAUAGAGGAAUUUGUUGCAGAAGGCAAAGGGGUAUUGAUGGGCAGCCAGGCCAGACAGUGGGCUAUGCAACACCCAAAUUCCAACCUUAUGUCUGACUAUCCAAAUAACAAGUUCCUUAAACAUGCUGGUCUUUGCAUCGUUAAUGAGGAAGGGCAUAGAGGCUGCUUCCCAGUUCCCAAGCCAGAGAUAAUGAAAUACCAUGUCAGAAAAGCACUAAUUCAAUAUGAGUCCAUGGUGUUCAGCAAGGGAAACGUCUUGGAAAAAAGUUCGAUGGUGAUGCUAAGACAAGAUAUUUCCUAUAUGCUUCAAAUCUCACCUAAUGGGAUUUCCAUCUAUGAUGCUGUGUACAAACACAUCCUGAAAAUGAUCAAAAAAGAGGGGUUACCAGUUGUGAAUAAAGAAAAUCCCAUCAGCAGGGGCAGCCCUCAGCAUCUACUGCUAGCCUGGGCCCACGGACUGGUCAAGUGGGGAAUCUUUGACCCACUCUUGAUUAUUGAUACCAUCUGUCUCAGCACCAAGGAACCGUCUGUGAAGAUUGAUAUCAGUCCAGACAACAGAGAUUCCUGGGUGAGCACUGGACUCUACUUACCUGCAGGACGAAUGGCAAAGGUCACACUGCCUGACAGAGCUGUUGCUGCUCAGCUGAAGGUUCAGGUUGACUGCCACACAGAUGACAUAAGUGGAGCAAGCACUUACAAACGCCCCCCAAUCGUGACACACGAGUACAACUUAAACAAAACAAACAACAACAUCUCCUGGCUCUGGGGAGGCCUCCUCUACAUCCUUGUGCCCCCAAACUACAACCUGGGCACUGUGCAGGUCACCAUCAGUGGGGCAGUGCGGGCUCCAUACUUCAAGCUGGGUGAGUAG